AUGAUUUCACCCUACCAGUGCCUUGCGGCGUGCACACGGCGUGCGGCUGAUGGUCAUGAGUGGCUGCUUUUCGGAGCGACAGGCUCUGACCUUGUGGUGCAGUCCUCUAGUGGGGUCGCAUCGACUUGGACGCCAGAAAUUGCUGCCCCGGAAGAACCCGACCGUGAGGCUGCACAGGAAGGCCCUCCUGCAAAACGGGCUAAACUCACACCCGUGGCAGAACCCAAGCCUAACUUAUCGCAUCUGAAAGUCACCAAAGACGGUAAACAUCUUGUUGCAGUGUCUGCCGAGGACAAGUGCAUCCGCGUCUUUAAAGUAGGCGAUCAAUGUCAGUUGGUGCAGCAAAGUCAGAGAUGCAUGGGCAAGCGUCCUUCCUCCAUUACUUUGGCUAUGGACGACACCACAAUAUUGUGCGCAGACAAAUUCGGGGACGUGUAUUCCUUACCACUACUACCAUCCCCAGAAGACGAGCAGGCCGCUACACCGGAACCCAAAGAUGACCAGAAGAAAUUCGAACCCUCUGCCAGUGUCCUCACGGUUCACUCUGGAAGGAAUCGCAAAGCCCUGGAAGAACAGCUGAAGCAAGCUCAGAAAGGGGCGAAGCAGGUGAAGGAUACGCCGAGAUUCAAGCACCAUCUCAUCAUAGGCCACGUAUCAAUGCUCACAGACGUUGUCUGUGCCAAAAUUGGCUCUCGAAGCUACAUACUGACUGCCGACCGUGACGAGCAUAUCCGAGUAUCCCGUGGGAUACCGCAGACGCAUAUCAUUGAAGGAUUCUGUCAAGGCCACGAGGAGUUCGUCAGCCGCCUAUGCUUCUCAAAGUCAGGACGUCUUGUAUCUGGAGGCGGAGAUCCAUAUAUGUACAUUUGGGACUGGCUGUCCUUCCGCCUUAUCGAGAAGAUUCCUCUUCAAGAGCCCUUAUUCGAACACUACAAAGGACAUCCACAUCACACUGGAGCUGCAGAGUUCAAGGUCGCUGUUUCUGGAAUAUGGGCGGUUCCUAAUAGUGCACAGGAGAUCCUAGUAGCUUGCGAAGGCGUUCCAGCACUGGUGAGCUUCAAGCUGGGUAGCUCAUCGAGGACAGGAAGGGUGUUGCCGUUGAACGGGAAUGUGCUCGAUCUGGCAUUCAUUGCGGUGGGUGCAGGUCAUUCCAUAGCAGCAGUCUCCAUCGACCACGUGCACCAACCGGGCUCUAAGCAUGAACUCCGCCAGGAAUCUGGCGCUUCGCGUUUACAAUGCCUUUCCAACCACAACUCGGGAGAAUGGGAGGACGAUGAGACCUUGACUAAGGCGCUCGAGAGGUUCAGCCGGUCUAUGCCGAACGGAGCGCGCGAGUCAGGUACUGCGAGUGAAACUGAUCGAGGCAAAGCCGACAACAAAGCAAAGGCACUUCGAGACCUGCUGUACGGUGUGGAGAACCUGAGAAAGCGUCCAGGCGCGGAGGAUUAGGCAAUGCGGCGAAGACCGGUUGCCGAGGCAUGACGCAGGAUAUGCGCAUGCUCUUUGUAAGGCUCAUAGGAAUGUCUGAACAGUCGCUGGGGCGUUCACAGCGUGACACAUGAUGUCUGUAGGUUUCAAAACAGCUGCAAGA